ACCUUUUGUUUGGCGCCAUGGCUUUCGUGCGGCGGCGAGAAGACCUCGAGAAUAAGUUUUUAUUAUCUGUCGUUUAGUCUUGAUUAGGUACCCCGAACAGGGCGCGUACGGACCACCGAAAGAGGAAAUAUGCUGCCGUUUCUUCGAAGCACCGGGUUCCUCGUGCCCGUCAUGGUGUCACGGACGAGCGGGACUAUGGCAGUUCGACUACAACAUCAAUAUGCUCUGGCCCACGAAAAAGCUUUCGUCAAUGGUAGCUGGAGGCAGUCAAAAAGUGGUGCCACUUUCCCGGUGUUCAACCCUGCAAAUGGGGAAGUGAUUUGCAAUGUCACUGACUGCUGCUCGGAGGAUGUUGAAGAUGCAGUCCAGGCCGCCAUCGUCGCCUUCAAGUCAUUCAAGGAGACAACGGCAAAGGAGCGGUCGGCAAUGCUGCUCAAGUUUUACGAGUUGCAGAACAAGCAUGCUGAGGACCUCGCCAAGCUCAUGACUGCCGAAAAUGGCAAGCCAAUGGUGGAAUCCCGGUCGGAGGUCGUGUACGGGGCCUCGUUUCUCGAGUGGUUCGCUGCAGAAGCCCGGCGGAUGUAUGGUGAUUACGUGCCAGCCCCUGUGAAGGGAAGGGAGAUGGUUUUCAUCAAGCAGCCAGUGGGCGUCACAGGCAUCAUCACUCCAUGGAACUUCCCCAAUGCCAUGAUCACCCGCAAGAUUGGCGCCGCCCUGGCGGCGGGCUGCACGUGCAUCAUCAAGCCUGCACCGGAGACCCCGCUCUCGGCGUUAGCCCUGGCACAGUUGGCACACGAAGCCGGCUUCCCUCCAGGCACGGUGAAUGUGUUGCCCAGCUCGGAGAAGACCACUCCGGGAGUCGGCCGGGCCCUGUGCGAGCACCACCAGAUCCACGCUCUCUCCUUCACCGGAUCCUCAGCUGUGGGCAAGCUUCUACUUGCCCAGUGCGCUGACAGCGUGAAGAAAGUGUCGCUGGAACUCGGGGGCAACGCCCCGUUCAUCGUCUUCGACACUGCCAACCUGGAGAAGGCCGUCAACGGAGCCCUAGCUUGCAAGUUCAGGAACACCGGCCAGACGUGUGUAAGCGCCAACAGGAUUCUCGUCCAAGAGGGCAUCCACGACAAAUUCGUUGCUGCCCUUACGGAGGCCAUUCAGCAGAGGAUGAAGAUUGGUGAUGGAUUCAACCCAGACACCACCCUUGGCCCACUCAUCAACUCCAAGGCAGUUGAAAAAGUGGAGCAGCACGUGGCAGAUGCCAUCAAGAAAGGAGCCAAGGUGGUCGUAGGAGGAAAGCGACACGCACUCGGAGGGAACUUCUUCGAACCGACACUCGUCACCAACGUUAACAGGAGCAUGCUGGUCUGCGCGGAGGAGACAUUUGGUCCUGUGGCCUCGGUGAUCAAGUGAGAAUGCCCUGAAGAGGCCGUGGAGCUCGCAAACUCCACCAGGGUUGGACUGGCAGGCUACUUUUACACAGAGAGCAUCGCACAGGGCUGGCGAGUUGCCAAAGCACUCGAAGUGGGCAUGGUGGGUGUCAACGAAGGCAUAAUAUCGUGCGCCGAGGCAGCGUUCGGUGGUGUCAAGGAGUCCGGACUCGGCCGCGAGGGGUCACGCUAUGGACUCGACGAAUUUACACAGAUCAAAUACAUCUGUUUCGGUGGAUUAGA